GAGCGGAUGCUAAGAGGUCGAGGGAGGACGAGGAAAAAGGAAGCAGGCAGAUUUUAAAGGGGACGCAGACUUUUUAUUUUUUUUAAAGCGGCUUUUUCCAAUUUUGCAACAACAGGCCCUGAAGAGUAGGUUUCCAGAAGCGGAGCACAGCUGAAGCAGCAGGCAUCUCUGCUGCUAGCCACGGGCUGGGCAGAGGCGUGAGAUUGCCUAUCCGAAGGGUGGGGUGCACUUGCCGCUGAACUCCACGCUCCAGCCGGCUGCGGAGUUGAUCAUCUGGGUCCGGGCAGGGACAGUGGGGUUCAGAGUGCGCAGGUCGGAGGGUGAAGCUACGCAAGUAGGGUUGAGACAGAGCUGGUACCUACUGAGCGGGCCGCGGACGGCAAAGAGGCCGCCGCGAUGCCAGAAGAAAACAUCUUCCUGUUUGUGCCUAACCUCAUCGGUUAUGCCCGGAUUGUCUUCGCCCUCAUUUCUUUUUACUUCAUGCCUUGCUGCCCUCUCACGGCCUCGUCCUUCUACCUGCUCAGCGGUCUUUUGGACGCUGUGGAUGGACACGCAGCUCGAGCCCUUAAUCAAGGAACCCGGUUUGGGGCCAUGCUGGACAUGCUGACGGACCGUUGCUCCACCAUGUGUCUGUUAGUCAACCUGGCCCUGCUGUACCCUCGGGCCACCCUUCUCUUCCAGCUCAGCAUGAGCCUGGAUGUGGCCAGUCACUGGCUACACCUGCACAGUUCUGUGGUGCGAGGCAGUGAGAGUCACAAGAUGAUUGACCUGUCCGGGAAUCCCGUGCUCCGGAUCUACUAUACCUCCAGGCCUGCUCUCUUCACACUGUGUGCUGGAAAUGAGCUCUUCUACUGCCUCCUCUACCUGUUCAAUUUCUCUGAGGGACCAUUAGUGGGAUCUGUCGGGCUUUUCCACAUGGGCCUCUGGAUCACUGCCCCCAUUGCCUUGCUCAAGUCUGUCAUCAGUGUCAUCCACCUGAUCACUGCUGCCCGGAACAUGGCUGCCCUGGAUGCAGCAGACCGUGCCAGGAAGAAGUGACCCUGGAAGCUCCAGCCCUCACUGGCCUGGUGUCUCACAGCACCACCUGGCUCCCGUCCCCCUCCUAGGAGGCCCCAGUCUCACAUCUUCCUGUGUUGUGUUCUCCACCCUGUGGACAGGGUCCGCCUGUCUCCGGUAUUGUCACCAUGUCUGUAAUCCUGUAGGCCCAUCCCUGGGGUCCCCAAGGACCUGGGCUACAAAUGAGGAAGGCUGCUGAGAGGCCCCACCCCUACAGCUGGGGCUCCUAGAUACCAGGAGUCCUCUCUAAAGAAUGGGCACCGCCACACCCGCUGGGGCUUGGCCUUGGGCCCCACCCAGCCUGCGACUUUAAGGACACUUGGGUGGCGGAGAUAAUAUAGGAGUUGGCUUCCCAAAAGACAGAGGAGUCAGACCUCUACUCCUGGACGGACAAAGCCUGGGGCACCAUGCCCAAGAGGGAAGGGGUUGUUGGUCUCCCCAUCUGGUCUGCCUCAGCCCCGGAAGCCUCCAUAAUAAAGACAGGAGCUUCAGUCUUGUA